GACAGCUUCACUGGGCGGGCUUUCGCCUUUUGCCUGAUAUAUUUUGCGGAUUUUUUUUUUCCUCUCUUUUACAAACUGACUGUAUACAGCCACCGCUUCUCGCUUUGCAGAACGCAUUUGACUUUCUCCAAGACACCUUGCAAGCUCUCUAGGCAUCCUCAGAGAGACCAGGGAUAGGGGCGCAGGUGCACAGAGGAGACUUGAGGUGGGGGAAGCGGGUAGUGCUCUUCUGGGAGACUUGGGGGCUCUUUUUUGCUCGCUGUGCUCUCCAGGAACUGAACUCUGAGCUGCAAAAGGACAGCAGAAUUGACAACUUCCCGACCCCGGCAUCGCCACCCGUGCAUUCCGGGGAGGUGUAUCCAGCUGUAGCCACUUCCCGGGCUUCGGGGGCGCGCAUCUCCCGCCCCCCCCAACCUCCCCGCGCGUUUCAGUAGCUUCAGGGUCGGCCCUCCUCCUUCUUCUCCUCCUCGCGGUCACCACGGCCCCAGAGCUGGGAUUGAGGAUUCUCAGCCCUCGGCGUCCCGUUGGUGUCUCUGCCCCCGCGGGUGGGCUCCCCGCGCACGGUCCCCGCGGACCCGCCCGCAGCCGAGCCACCCGGCGCAGCCGCCCGCGCUCCGGUCUCAGUCUGCGAAUUGGGUGCGCGGCCGCUCCGCCCCGUCUGCGCCAGGCGCGCGGAGCCGCUUUCUUUUCCGCGCCGGGAUCCUCUGGCCUCCCCGGCUGGCAGCUGACCCCGCGGUCUACUCCUGCGUCAGCCAGCUGAGGUCUCUUCGCCUUCCUGCUGUUAAGCAUGUCAGGCUCUGGGCGCAAAGACUUUGAUGUAAAACACAUCCUGCGACUCCGCUGGAAACUCUUCAGUCACCCUUCUCCUUCCUCCAGCGCCCAGGUGGGGGGCGGCUGCCUGCAACCGGACGGGAGCGGCGGCUUUGAGCACUGGGGGCCCAGCCAGAGCCGCCUGCUCAAAAGCCAAGAGAAGGGCAGCGUGGUAAGCACUUUCUGGAAGAAGUCUUCCUCUUCUUCCUCCUCUUCGUCGUCUUCCACGCCGUCCUCUUCCUCGUCUUCUUUCAACCCACUGAAUGGCACCCUCCUGCCCAUGGCCACCAGGCUGCAAGGGGCGCCUGGGCAGGGCACCCAUCAGCCGGCUAGAACUCUCUUCUAUGUAGAGUCCAUAGAGGAGGAAGAGGUGCCAGGCAUGGACUUUCCUGGACCCCACGAAAAAGGGUUGGUCCUGCAAGAACUCAAAGUGGAGCAGGCUAGCUCCAGCCAGGCAACAGGUGAAGGAUGUGGACACAGUCAGUCAGUUAGUAUGUGGGACAUAAAACUUACUUCAAGCAGCAUUCAGCUUAGCAGAGAGCUCUUAGGCCUUCGGUUCUCGAGAGAUAAUAAUUCUGGAUUACAUGUGACAUUUUUUGUGCACAUCAUUUUCAAUAGUCAACUCAACUCUGUCACUCCAACUUCAGACAUGUCUCCUACAUCAUUCCACAUCUCUCCAACUCUAGUGUCUUCAUCUAAUUCUAGGAUGUUGCUUUUCAGUUCAACUUCUGAAAUUGGAGUUAAACAAUGGGAUAAAAAGGUGGAUUUGUACUCUAAGAGAAGUGACUACUUGCAGGAAAUGAGACCAAUGAUUGAACAAAUAGAAAAUGCACAGCAACAGUACAGUCUGAAAGCUAACUGUAUGAAUAACAACAUUAAAAGUAAUGGCUUUAUUCUCAGAAUUGAAAGGCAGAUAUUAUCAGAUCAUGUAUUGAGCAAGACCCAG